CAGUAACCUUACCCUGUGCUACUCUCCACCCCCAUCAACGCCUUAUCCCUAUCUCCAGAACCCCGCGAACAAAAGCAGAAGAGAGACAUCAAUUAGACAUUGAUCCCGCCACGGCCGCACAAUCAGGGGGACGAGGCAUUUGUAACGAGGAACGCAACGCGGCUGGGCGACAUGUCCGUGAGAUAGCGGGCGUGGAGUGAAUUUCGUUUGAAGACGGACGAGGUGAGGAAUAGAUAGGAAGGACAGAGACAGAGAGAGAGAGAUAAUAGCGCUCAUGCACGCUCGAAUCUUUAGCGGAGGAACGCCCGCGUAUAUCAUCAUCAACAUCAUCGGAUCACAACUACAACACGACGACGACGCAUCUUCGAACCUCUCCCUCCGCCAACGGAGGAGAGAGGGACACGAGACCGAAUCAUGAUACCCUCACGGCCACCCAGUGAGACGAACACGGACGCGGCCAGGAAUUCAUCGGUUCCAAGGAUAGCAGGCGGAGGGGACUCGAGUAUCCGGCCACGGAAUAGGAGGUUGAUAUCUACGGAGCAGGAGCUGGUUAGUACAUCUGCGACGAGUACGCCGGGUGGGAGUCGAGCUGUGAGUCCGCUGCCGGCGAAACAUCCUAGUAGGAGUGUGCCGCGAAAUGCUGGUGGGAGGGCAGAUAAGAAUGGGAAUGGGGGGUUGCUUGCUCCGUCUGGAUCGUCGUCGAGGAAGGGGGGUGGUUCCCUGGUGGGUGGGAAGGGACUUUGGGAUCCGCCGGGGUGGAUGAGUAGUUGGAAUGCGUUGCAGGGACUUGCGAGCUCGGUGCUGGGAGGAGAGGCUGAGGAUCCUGUUACUGGGAGAGCAGGGACUGCUACGGGCAAGAAACCUAGGAGAGAGGGAGCCGGGAGGAAGAAGAUACCGGAGCAAUGGGGACCGCCUGAACCGGCAACGCAGAGACAGAAGGAUGGCGGAAUUGGUUGGGGCAGUACGGAGGAGAUGCAAGCUGAGGUUCGAGCGAGGAAGAUGAGGGGUGUUUUGGAGGGAAGAGAAGAAGAGAGGAGUAUCCUGGAUACGAACGGGAAUUACAAACGCAGAUCUUCGACCGAGGAACAGAGGCCUGGAAGCUCGCAGGAAGAUGACUUUGCGCUGGUUUAUAUACACCAUGUUCAGAAACAGGACACACUUCAGGGAGUGGUGCUGAAAUACAAUUGCAAGCCAGAGGUAUUUAGGAAGGCGAAUCGAUUAUGGCCCAACGAUACGAUUCAAAUCCGAGAAACUGUCAUCUUACCAGUAGAUGCUUGUGCCGUUAAAGGACGACCUUGCGAGGCACCUUCACUCGAUCAAGGAGUGGAUCUCUUAGCACCUACACCGGUAACCGAAGAUCCCUUUUCAAAUGGUGGUACAUGGCCGGGAGCCUCAUCACCAUACAACAACGGGACGUCUGCAGAACGUCCCGAAGAUAACGACAAUCCAUGGGUACAUGUCAGAUGGGUAUUACUCGACGCAUCACCCAACGCGAAACCCGUCGAAAUAGCACGCAUGCCUCGGAAAACUCUGGGAUACUUCCCACCCAGACGAAGAAAGAGUCAAGCCACAAUUUCCACCGUCUCAACACCCCGAGGUUCAACAGAGUUCCCUCGAAUAGCUCAAACAAUAUCGAAUGAUCUCCCAGGCAGCACAUCUAGCACACCCCGUCGAACAAGCAAUCUCGGACCAAGACCCUCACAACCAGUGACUACUGUAGGGAGCUACUUUCCACCCCAAAGAUCCAGCACUCGUCCCCGCCGCGAAAGCGUAGGCGAAGCUGCGGAUCGACUAGGAUGGAUGCGUGGCCCUGGCGGAGUCGGUACCUUUGCCACCAAUGUCCGGAGACCGGGACCAGCUCAAGAUGGAUUGAAUGCUUGGGCCAAGAAACAUAUUCCUGGUCUAGCUAUCGAUGGUAUGUCUUCGAGCUCUAUCCUUGGAGCGGAAACCGCGCAUUUUGGGUUCGGAGAUGAGUUGGCGAGUAUUGCAGAAGGCCCAGGUACGGUUAAUGGUGCUGCUGUCACCAAUUCCGGGAUUGGCAAUUUGACGCCUGGUGGUCUUGGGUUGGAGAACGCUGCUGCGGCGAUCGAAGGCUGGGUCAGGAGACUCGCUACUAAGACUCCUGGCACGCCUAAAGGAGGAGGUAGAAUCGACGCCCCAGAUCUAAUCGAACUCCUAGACGGCACAGGCAGUGAUGAUGGGAGAGGCUUCGAACUCAGCCCUGGACGCAUCCGCUCAUCUACUCCCAUCGGGACAGGCAGAGAAGAUCUAGAUGGCGUGAUCAGGGGACGAGCUACCGCUGGUGCGAAGGGCGGGAAGAGUGAUUGAUUCGGCAAGCAAGCAAGCUAGCAAGCGAGACUUUUAUACGAGCAGCAUGAGAUGGAGGCGCAUUGGGGAAGGCGUUUGGGAUUCGGUUCUCCUAUUAUUCUGGAACUUUGUAUAGCGUGCCCAUCCGUGGUGGUUGGUUAGGAUGGCGGUUUGGCAUUUCUGGUGGGCAGGCAGACAGGCAGACAGGCACGAUUGGUGCUUGUGAUAUGAUAAGUUAGGAUAGCGUGCCAUAGUAAGCGUGAAAUGAGAUGCGGCAUUUGAAUCUAGAUCAUAAACAGUUUUUUUUAUCAAAGUAUUUGUUUUUACAUCUGUGAAAAAGGAA